UAAUAAUAUAUGCUAGUAUUAUGACAUUAAUAUUAUUUUUAAUUUCAGUAUUUGACUGAAAUUUCAUUUAAUAUAUACUUAAUACGUUAAGAGAACCUAGUCGAUAAAACACCAACUGAUUUAAAGGACCCUGAACGUCAAGCAAACGUCAAGUGCAUGAUUGUUCUUAAUUUAAAAAAUAUACAAGACGUAUGUAAUUUGGGUUAGAAAUAUUUUAGUAAAAGUACAAUGGAUGAUGUAUACAAACUUUACAAUAACAAUGCGUCACCAAAGAUUCAAAUAAAAGAAUAUUUUGAUGAAUACAGUAAGAUAAUAAUGUAUACUAGCUGUUUUAUGUCAAUGAAAAGCGAAACCACUGACAUUAUGGCACUAAUGGGAGUAGAACUUGAAGAAGAUGAAAUGUCCAUGUUAAUAAAUUAUUGCAGCACUGACAAUUUAACGGUAGAUGGAGAAUUAUCAAAACUACUUAAUACCAGAAAAAUGAGGAAAAAAGAAACAUUUGAUCCUCAAGAACCAGAAGAUAUAGAUUUAAAAACGAUUCAAAAUCUAAGAAAAAGAUUUAACCAAGAUAACAGACAAAUUUGUUAUAAAUAUCAAAGUGAAUUAUUUAUAAAUACUGAAAAAGCAAAAGAAAUAAUUGGGCCAUGUGUUGUACCUGGUAAAGAUAUUCUUAUUUCUGUCAGAGUUUAUCAUCCUUUCAUACAUCGUACAAAAAAUUUACCAAAACUGGAAUGUGGUUCAAAACUUAGAUUAAAUAAUAUACUGGGUAUAUUGGGUUCUCAGACACUUGCAGAUUUGCGAGAUAAAAUAUCAUGCAUAUCUGAUUAUACUAUUUCCAGAGAAUGUAGUGAAAAUUUAAAUAAUGCAGUAGGACCUAUGGCAAAGGAUGUUUAUAAAUCAGGAUUCUUUUUUAUUGAAGACACAUUUUAUAAUGAUACAAGGUGCCCAACAAACAUUGAUUAUAGUAAAGUGAUUAUUGAUUGGGCACAGAGGCGAUCAAACUUAGGUCCUUUUAAAACUGCUAUCAUGGAAGAUUGUCGAAUAGAUCGCUUGUGUUUAAGAUUUGGUUAUCCAUGGGUAUAUAAACAUCAAGGUGGCUGUGAACAUUUGAUUGUAUUUAGUGAUGCUAGGUUGAUUAAUUCUGAUGAUGAUUUAGCUGUGUCUGUAUAUCCCAAGGUACUCAGACUAAGGCCUAUGUCUUCUAAGUUUUGUAUGAUAUGUGGUAUAUACAAUGCACAAUGGAUUACAAUGGAGCAUGAGAGAAUACCACAUAAUCCUUGUUAUUUCUGUGAUACAUGUUUCAAAUCUUAUAAUUACAUUGAUGGUAAAAAGAUUGGAAAUUUCGAAGCAUAUGCAUACCCACGUAAUAUCGAAGCUGUGAAAGGAAAAGUAAAAUUAUAAAUAACGUGCCCGAUUUUU